AGUAGAAUUUUCACAGCUAUUAGUGCAUUAUGGAUUACCUAAUUCCAGUCCUAAUAAGUACGGAAAUGUCGACAAUACUUACGAAACAACAAAUUGUCGAUGCCAUCAAAGAAGUUCUAUUCGCAACGCUUACGAUUAAUCUAGAAAACGUGGAAACUUUCGAAUCGAUGACAAAGGCUAAUGAAAUGAUUAUCACAACACCCAAUGUACCGGACGCUUCAAGAAUCGAUUACAAUACUAAUAAUGAUUUGCAUACGAGAUAUAAGUUUUUAGAAGCAUUAGAUAAAAAAUUCAAUGAUAAUUACUCCAAGUCAUGCAAUAUAUGUUCAUUAUCCAACUACAGCGAUGAAAAAUCAAUAAUAUCUGAUAACAAGUGUUCGAUCGCAGAAACAGAUACCGUAAAGAUCAAGAAAACUAAAGUAACGAGGCGCGGUCCAGCUGCGUUGAGCAUAAUCGAAGAAGCGUAUAAAAAUUCAAUGAAAGUCCAGAACAAACUGGAAGAAUUAAAAGAGCUAAUCGUUACGGAUACAAAGCCGAAUCUGCGACUCUCGUCCAUCAUACGCCUGUCCAACCCGAAACAACAACGGAAGCAACAACAACAGCAGCACCAGCACCAGCAGCAACACGAGACGUUCACGCAAUGCGCGACUGCGCGUCGCCGCUUUGGCCAGCCUUCGGGUAGCGUUGCCCCUCCCGUCACGCCGACGUCCACGAGGCCGUGCCUCGCGCCGUCCUGCCGUUCUCCGAGGAAGAGGCUCCAAGAGUGUCGACCUCCCGUCCAAUACAGCCAGACUCUGUCAGUGCCGAUCAAAUCUCAGAGUCGCAAGGCUAAGUUCGCGCACGUCAAGAGCACCAUACCCAAGCCGACGACACAACUAGGGAAACGAAAGCCUCAAUGAGGAUCAACGUUCAUGGAAAGUUACGGCCUUUUUUUUGCCUUUUCACGUUAAUAGGCCAACUUUCGCCGCAUGAUGCGCGUGAUGAUUGGAGGAUACCUUUAUUGGUUAACGGUGAUUCGUUAAUCUGGACUCGUUCCUAGGUGAAGUAUGGCUACUGUGUUCCGUGUUGAUAAUGAGUGAUUCGGAGAUCCUCACCGCAAUCACCAAAG